AUGGAAAACAGCGAACUUAGCAACUACAUAAACAUAGGGGACAUGGUGGAAGGCGAUGAAGUGGAACUACAAGAGAAUCAACACCAACAACAAGGAGCAGGAACAGGGGGAACGCAAACGUUACCAAUAUCUUUUAUAAAUCCAAAUAUGGCAAUAGAUAAUGAUGGAAAUUCUAUCCCAGUUAAUAGCGGCGUUGAGAACAAUUAUGUAGGAUUAAAUUUUUUCGGAGAUGUUGAUGCUUUUUCUGACGCAAGCACAUUGGCGACAAGACAGGUUUCAAAGGAACCGACAAAGUCCGUUUUGAUCAAUCCGGAGGUAGCAAAUUCACAGUUUCUUAUAGAUCCUGCCUUGACCGCUGAAAAUGGUGUUGCUCCCUUACAAUCACAAUUAUUGAUUUCAGGACCUAACAGUAAUAACACAAGUAAUUCAUCACAACAGCAACUAGUGCAACACAAUAGCCAUAAUAUUGAUAAUGAUACAAGUGCAGGGCAUCAAUACGGAACACGAUUUGCAAAUAAACGUACCACAUUCUUUUCUCCUCAUACACAGCAACCGUUAUACCAACAUCAACUCAAUGAAGAAAUGGCAAGUCAUUUGAAAGCAGAUGUAACGAAUUCAAAACGAAAAUCUGCACAGAAAAAAGAUGAGAAAGUUUAUUGUAUUUGUCGGAAGCCUGACGAUCAUCGUGUAAUGAUUCAAUGCGAUUCAUGUAAAGAAUGGUUCCACAUUGCCUGCGUGAACCUCUCCAAGGCCGAAGCCGAAGUAAUCGAAAAGUAUUUUUGUCCAACUUGUGAUGAGAUUCGAAGUGGCGGUGGUGUGGGUGUUGGUGGUCGUCAAUCGAAAAAUCUAGAACUCCAAAUUUCACCAUAUGAAAACUCCGAUACAGCCGCCGAGGAUGGUCAGAUGCCAUUAGUUGUAGUAGGGAAGAAAGCAAAAAGUAUCGACCCGAAAGCAUUGAUUAUGUACGACGAGAAGGAGAAAGUAGUGAUGAAAUCAAAGAAAGCAAUGAAACAGUGUAUGUUUCCUGACUGUCAUAACCCUGCACGAGAAAUUGACGGAUACUGUAGCGAUGAAUGUGCCGUCAAAGAUGCCGAUAAUGUGCUUUUACGAUUAGCUACUAGUGGUAAUAUUAUAAAUAACAAUCGUGAUCUUGAUGCUGCUAUUCCUAAGCUUCGUAAAGAAAAUAAAAAUAGUAACAAUAAUAUUACUACUACUUCAAAUACCAAUAAGAACAAUAGUAGUGGUGGACGUAGUAGUACUUAUUAUAGUAUUAAUGAUAAGCUUCAUAGAAAGAAUAGUAGUAAUAAUAAUUCUAAAGAAAAAAGUGCUACAUCUGCGCCAUCAUCUUCAACAAUGAGCGCGACGACAACCUCGUCAUCCGCUCCGGCGGUCAUCCAUAAUAGUUCAAGUCCGGAAAAGACGCGAUUGAUCUUAAAAUCACCCACACCAAUUAGACCUGCAGCCGCAAAACCAUCACUAUCAUUAAAGAUAUCAGCCAAACUUUCACGAACCUCCUCCUCAAAUGCUAAUGAUCGUAUUAGAGCGACAUCAGUCAAAAAUUUUUCCGAGAUAUUUACGCAAAUGUUCAAUGAUCUUUAUGAGAAAGGUGAAUUGCCGCGUGAAGAAAAACAUGAUGAUGAUACUAGUAAAGAACAAGAACCACCAGAAGUUCAAGCCGAAAAACUAGCAGUUCGAAUCGAAAAAGCAAUGUUUGAUCAAUUUGCUACAAAGGUUAAAGGAGUCCCUGCACAGUGUGAACAACCGUAUAAAUCAAAACUCCGUAGCCUUUUGACGAAUCUCAAAGACAAGAAAAAUGAUUUAUUACGAAUGCGUAUAAUUAAAGGUGAAAUACCACCAGAGAAGUUGGUUUUGAUGUCAUCGGAAGAUUUGGCGAAUCCGGAGUUGAAGUCGUUGGCGGAACAAGUUCGUCGCGAAAGUAUUCACAAAUCGGUGUUAUUGGCGGCAGCUGAUGAACCAAGAAUUAAGAAAACCCAUAAAGGGGAUAUUAUGAUUAUCAGCAGAUCUUCAUCUCCAAGUAUUGAACAACGUAACGAGGAGGAUAACGUAGGAGCGACAUCAACACGAGGCAAAGGGCAUGAUGUCACCAGAAAUAUAAUUUCGCCAACUACCGCGUCUUCUAUUUCGGGAUCUUCAAAUACAAUAACCACCUCACCUACUUCCCUUGGUGCUGUUUCUUCUGCUUCUGCCUCGAAGUCGGAUUCGAGUUUGGAUGAUUUACUUGCCAGAAUCAGUAGCAAUGCUGCUACACGAAGAACAAGUGUCGAAUUAUUGUCACGUCAAAAUGAAAAACAAACCGAUGAUAGUAAAAGCUCUACUGACGCUUCGUCCUCAACGAAUGUUGUAAUAGAUUUUGAGACUUUUAACGCACAAUCGGCGGCGAAUAAGAAAGAUGGCUACGAUGCCUGGGACCCUUCGUCAAAUGACGAUAUUAUAAUGGGAGAUAAGAAUACUACUAAUGAGGGUGACGGCGAUAAUGAUGAGAUGUUGAUCGACAAUUUUGCAUUGACGAAUAGUCCAACUGCAUUAUCCCCAAAUUCAAAAAAUGGAGCAUCGACGCCAAUGGAUUUAUCAUCACCAAUCGGAUCAGAUACACCCCCAUAUGUACCAUCACCUACGUUAUUACCAGCAUCAUUAACAAAACCCGCGAUCACAAAUUCUGAUCGUUCCACCACAUCCAUCUCCACCAAUGUCACCCAAGAAAAGAAAUUAUCCAAGGAUCCGGUAUGGAAUGGAAAAAUCAUAUAUCAAGGGGUCGCUAAAUUUUCUGCAAAAGCAACUCAAAUAGCCGCACGGACGUUAGAGCCACGAUUCUGGGAAGAUCUUCUUGCACCACAAAUUACUAUUGAAGGACGUAUUCGGAUUGAGGAGGCUAGUAAAUAUUUGUCGCAACAAGGAUGCUCGAACACUAAAGAUGUCGCCAUAAUUCAAAUUUCCUCAUCAGAUGAAGAUGUUAAUACUUCUAAGGAGAAUAAAGAUAAUAAUUUGAUGGGUGGAGAUAAAAAUAAUGAUAACAGUAAUGUUGUUAAAGAUGAAAAACUACAGUUAGAACAGAAGAAAGAGAACAAAGAACAAUUUGAUAUUCUCUUUGAAUAUUUUCACUCGCGAAAGCGUUACGGAGUCGUAGGACAACGAUAUGCUGCCGUGAAAGACAUGUAUCUUGUGCCGUUGACACCUCUAGAUGAAAUUCCGGAAUUCGUUCAAAUUCUAGAGUAUGAUGAAGUACCGGAAAAGAGAGACACCAAUAUUUUGUUGGGUGUAAUUGUAAUCAUUAAAAGUCCUUCUUCUAAACGUAAACAUCCAAAUGCUAAUAGUAGUAGUAUUAAUAAUACUGCUGCUAUUAAUUCUACAUCACAUCCUUCUGCUAAAACUUUAUCAUCAUCUACUGCCUCUAUUAAUACUGUUAAUAAUAACAACAAUAACAUACCCAUUGGAACAAAUACUUCGAAUAGUGCUGUUGCUGCUUCACCAUCAUCAUCUAGUAAUUUCCUGCAACCUUCAGCAGCAGCCGGAAUACCAAAAGAUUUAUUACAAUCAUUAUUUGCUCACGCGGGCAUCCCUGCAAAUAACAUGGGAAAUUCCGGUGUUCCAUCUUCUCCACAUACUGCACAUCUUCACCAGCAACAUAUACCUCAACAUCCUCAACAUCAAUACUAUCAGUUACCACCUUCUGCUAUUCCACCCCAAUCUAUUGCUCCUCAUUCUCAAUCUACUCCACCACAAUCAUCACAGCAACCGCAGCCAACGCAACCAAUAAUGUCUAAUUUACCAUCGAGUUAUUCAACAAAUUAUCAGAAUUUAACUCCUCCACCACAAAGUGGCCCUCCGCCACCAUCCUCAGCAUCAUCGGCAACUUCUUCAACACCAGCGACGGCAUCGGGUUUAUAUACUCCCGGUCAAGGAACACCGCCUCCUCCAUUUCAUAAUCCAUAUAAUUACUAUCCUCCUGUUCAUCCAUCACAGCCACCUAAUUCUAAUGCACCACCACAUCAUGGAUAUAUGCCGCCUCUAAACAAUACUGGAGAAUUACAACCUCCUCCAUCACAGGUGCCAGGAUACCCCACACAACAGCCUCCUCCAUAUACAAUGCCACCACCUUCUCAACAUGAAAUUAGACCUCAAUGGGAUCAACCUCAGUCUGUGAUACCGUCGCAGCAGCAACAACAACAUUGGGAACACCAACCCCCAAUAUCCGAUAAUGCUGGUAUUAUUGGUGGUAAUAGACAACCACUACCACCACAGCAAUGGGAAAUGGACAAAAAUCGUACUUCAUCACAAUGGGGUGAAAAUCGACGUGGUCAUUCAAGUAAAUCUCCACCUCAAAAUGAACAUCACCGAUCAUACAAACCAUAUAAUAAAUCAUCUCCAAAUCGACGUAAUGCCGGUGGUAGUGGUUAUCGCGGAAGACGUGGUGGUGGCGGUAAUAAUGGCAAUACUACCGCUAAUGAUAAUCCAAGAGCUGGAUGGAAAGGAAAUAAUAAUCGAUCUAAUAAUAAUGGCCAAGAAUGGGAUGGCACUAAUAAUAAUGAAGAACAACUUCAAAAUACUAAUAAUCCAAGCGAACAAAGACUAAAUCGAGGAGGUAGAAGACGAUGGGAUUAA